GGAACGUAAGGCCGGCAUUAUGAGUCGGCGCACCCGACGGCGGCCCCGGAAAAAGCGGGCAGCGCUUGAAUGGAUCUAAAGGAUCUUGGGAGGUUUGGGGCCGGUGGCUGAAGGGGAGCGAUGGCCGGGGCAAGGGAGGAACGUGUAGCUGGCGGCCUCGGGUCUCGCGGAUCGUGGGAAGGAAGGGUCGGUAGACAAGGCCGGGUCCUUUCGGCGAGCGGAUGCGGAGGCAGAGAGGAUUGAAGCAAGAGAAGUAUCUUCCCUGAUUCCCAGUCCGGUGUUUCCUUCCAUCCUUUGCGACCCUAUCCUACGCCGUGAAGGAAGUUUCUUCAAGCAAUCACUAUGUCAACCAACACAGAUAUUUCUCUUUCUUCAUAUGAUGAAGAUCAGGGAUCUAAACUUAUCCGAAAAGCUAAAGAAGCACCAUUUGUGCCUAUUGGAAUGGCAGGAUUUGCAGCAAUUGUUGCAUAUGGAUUAUACAAAUUAAAGAACAGGGGAAAUACUAAAAUGUCCAUUCACCUGAUUCAUAUGCGUGUGGCAGCCCAAGGCUUUGUUGUAGGAGCGAUGACUCUGGGUAUGGGCUAUUCCAUGUAUAAGGAAUUCUGGGCAAAACCUAAACCUUAGAAGAAGAGAUGCUGUCUUGGUCUUGUUGGAAGUGCUUGUUUUUGUUAUGUUAAAGUUAUAUGUUUAUGUCAAAAAAUAAAUCCCUUGAGUGGGUUCAGGCUGUAAUACGGUAUUUUGAAUAUGGCUUCUUUUCUUGCCCACUUGAUUUGCCUGGUUAUCAAAUUAUUAAUGACUUCAUUGACUGGAUCACUCAGGGAAGUCAAGUUAACAUAAAAGAAACAUACACUGGAUAGUGUUACAACACUCACCUUCUUAAAUGCUUAUGACAGAAAUUACUUCUAAAGAAGACAAAAGGCCAGGCCUGAAUUACUCCCAGUUUACUACAGAAUAUCAUACACAUAUUUUGAAUGUUGGGUGGGAAUCCUACUUAACCCAGUUAAUUUAACUUUUUUCUACCUGCCUUGUGAACUGGUUUAAGAACUUCAGUUUUUUAGKGUUAGUUGGCUCUUAAAGAACUAUUUYACRUUUCAMAAACGUGCAUGAAAURUAACUUGUAAAUCUUCCCACAACUGAAAGAGAGAGAAGAAGGGAGGGAGAGUGUGUGUGUGUGUUUAAACCAUACCUGGAAAGCUCACAACAGAACUGAYARAAGUAGUAUUUAUUUCAGAAUCACACUUAUAAACAUAAUAAUUUAAUUAUUGGUUCCACUUUAGCUCUUUUAUAAUUGCAGAAUUAUAUUUUUGCUGUUGUAUUAGAAUAAUUUUUAAAUGUUAUCUUGAAAGAGAAAUAUGUAUUCUAAGUGCUAAUACAAAGGUAAAUUAAGAACGCCGUUUUAAUGUGUGCAGUAUAUUUAUUUUCUCUGUAUGAAUUGCAAGUGUUAAACAAAUUACCUAAAAUGGAAGUGAUUGCUGGUUUUGAGCAAGCUGGUCUGGUCAGACAUUAUACACAAGCUUUGGUAAACUACAGCAUGCUUUAGUAUACUUGUAAAAUUCCUUUGUCUAACCUGAACUUACAUUCCAUGGUAAUAACAUGGUAUAUGUGUUGUUAUUAAAAUAACGAACACAUCAAAUGUCUUGUAUCUGUUUGUUUGGAAAAAUAACUCAUUCUUCAAUUUACUCACUCAGUU